UGGCUGAAGCGGGAAGUAUGGCGGCGAUGGAGGAAGCUAGCGGGUAUCAACUUGUCACUCAAAUGGCAAAAUCAGAAGGUCCUGGUUUAGUUGAUCUUUCAAGUCAAGGCCUUCACAAGCUGGAUCCAAACUUCUGUGCAUUGGACACUCACACACUCGUCUUAGAUCAGAACCAUAUCAUCAAACUGGAACAUCUGGAGAAGAAUACAGCUGUGAAGCAGCUGUCUGUUGCCUGUAAUCGGCUAGUUCGCAUGAUGGGUGUGUCGAAACUUACACAACUGAGGGUCUUGAACCUCCCUAACAAUAGCAUUGGCUACAUCGAAGGACUGAAAGACCUGGUGCAUCUUGAGUGGCUAAACUUAGCAGGAAACAACAUCAAGGUCGUAGAGCAGUUGAACAACUGUGUAACGCUGCAGCAUCUGGAUCUGUCUGACAACAACAUUUCUCACACAGGUGACCUUUCAAAGCUCUCUGCCUUAAAGACACUUCUUCUCCACGGCAACAUUAUCACAAGUCUGCGUACUUCCCCCGCCCACUUUCCUCUGAACCUCACUGUUCUCUCUUUGGCUGAAAAUGAAAUCCGGGACCUCACUGAGGUGUCCUACUUGGCACCUCUCCACAACCUUGAGCAGCUGUCCAUCAUGAACAACCCGUGUGUGAUGGCGACACCGUCGUUGCCUGGAUGUGAUUAUCGUCCGUAUGUUGUGAGCUGGUGCCUCAAUUUGAAGGUGCUUGACGGAUAUGUGGUGUCACAAAAGGAAGGGCUUAAAGCAGAGUGGUUGUACAGCCAGGGCAAAGGCCGUACGUUUCGCCCUGGACAACACGUACAGCUAGUUCAAUACCUGGCUUCCACAUGUCCCUUGAUCUCCUCGUCCUCACUGCAGUCAGCUGAGGAUGCCAAGCUGGAGAGGAUCCUCAGCAAACAGAGGCAGCACCAGAAACAGCUGCUCCAGGAAGGUCAGUGUGAUUCCACAAGUCCUCUUCACCCGACUCAGGUGGAGAUGGAUCAGCACUGGACUGAUCCAGCCCAAAAAGGAGUGGCCAUAACCCAGGUUCUUGAUGUCAUCAGUGAGCCAGAAACUUCUGAACCAGUUGUCCAUGUGAAUACGUGGAUGACCAGUGCAUCUUCAGCAUACGUCCUAAAUCCUGUUAACACGCCUUCUUGUGGCGAGAACAGUCUAGUUCUUGAAGACAUACAGACAGAUGAAGAAAAGCUCCACGGCAGCCUGCUCUCCUCAGACUUCGCCUUCCUCCCUGGGAACUCCGUUGUCCGUUCACCAUCGCUCCCUGACAGUGAAGACGAAGAGCUUGACGAGCCUGAUUCCUUGGCUCCUCCAAAUCCAGCCCAGUCUCAUCUUCUCAAUCAAAAUCACUUGCAGACAAACACUACAGAACAUGAAGAGGAAGGAAUGCACUUGCAAACUGAUAAAAUGGUUCACUUGGAAGUCGACAAGGCUGCAAAUGCCACAGAGGCAGGUACUGAACUGAGAAAACCAAGUGCUAAGGUGGCCGAGUGCCAUCUAGAUGUAGCAGCUGUGAAGAUUCAGGCCUGGUGGAGGGGACACUGGACUCGACAGCAGCACCCACAGGCCAAAGAGGUGCGCUGUGAGAUCCGCCUACGCAGAUUACAGGAACACAUCAUCUACCUGACAACAGAGCUGGAGAGGGUGCAGAAACAACAGCAGGAGGAAAAGUUGCAGAGGAUGAUCCAGGAAGAAGCUGUGAAGUUCCUGUGGAAGCAGCUUCAGGCCAUGAUGGAGUGGCAGUGUUCAGUGAAGGAGCAGCUCAGCUCUUUAUCCCCUUCACAGAGCAUCGCUGCUGGUCCCAUUCCUGCCAGCCCUAAAAUCACAAUUCUCCCUAUGCGAAGUGAGGUCUCGAUCCCUGAAUCAGGCUUUCAUUCUCCUGGUGAACAGCAGGGGGCACUGGAAGACAGUAUGAGCAGCACAGCUACGGGUGGCUCCCUUGAAACAGUGCGGACUUUGCGACCUACAAGUUCACCGGGGACAGGAGCACAUGGGGACAGUCAGGAUGGCAGCUUGCUUGAGCAGUACCUGUCCUCUGUGCAGCACCAGGAAGAGGAGGAGGAAGAUGGAGAAGGGUGCACUUCACUGUUGUCUCCAGUUCACAAUUCGGAGGCAUCUUCCUGUCCUGAUGGAGUGAAUGAAAGACAAGAAAACAGUCUGUUGAAGAAAGAGUUGUGAAAAAAGUAAUCUACUCUUAGAGUGGUCAUUUUUCUCAACAUAAAAGGCCUCUAUUUGCUUUUAAUUCAUUAUUGGCAUUUAUGGGGAAGUGCUAAGUAUUGGAUUCUGGCAUUAGCUCUGGAUACAUCGGAAUCUAUGUUCUCAAAGUAUUUGAAGAUGUACUUGGAGAAAAUAAACCACAACACACUUUUUCUAAAGUAUCCUGGAUCUCACCUGUACUUUUACACUAACCAAAACCAGCGUUACUGAGUAAUACAUAUUAGAGCUUGAAUUGGAUAUUAAAAUGUAUUUUUGUACAGACUAUUUAAUUUUCCCACUUAUUCUGUGUUAAAUUGUUUAUUUUUGUAGGCAUGAAAUAAAAAUAUCAGUGAAAUAAUAGGUUUUUGUAGGUUUUUCAAACGAAGCAUGACUCGCUGACACUUAGCAAAGCUAUAUGCACUUUAACAGGAACUGGUUCUUGAUUCUAAGAUUCCUGUUCUUGGCUGACAGGAGUGGAACCUCGUGUGUUCUUCUGCUGUUGCAUGCUGAGAUGCUUUUCUGCCCACCAUGGUUGUAAAGAGUGAUUAUAUAAGUUACUAUAUACAUCCUGGCAGCUCGAACUAAUCUGCGGUGGGUUUCCCAAAAACCUCUUAAUGCUAAGAGCAUCUUGGCUAGAAGAGAGAGUGUUCAUUGUGAUGCUCGCUCUACUGUUUAACGAUUAUCUUUGUGCUACGAUGCUUUUGGGAAACCCACCCCUGACCAUUUUCCUCUGAGCUCUCUUAUCAACAAGGCGUUUGUUUCCACCCACAGAACUGUCACUCACUCAAUGUUUUUUUUUUUUUUCCACACCAUUCUGUGUAAACUCUACAGACUGUUGUGUGUGAAAUCCCCAGGAGAUCAGUGGUUUCUAAAAUACUCAAACCAGUCCAUCUGGCUCUAUCCAACACCCGUGAUGCAGUGAAAGAAAGUCACACUUUGAGAUCACAAUUUUUCCCAUUCUGAUGUUUGACGUGAACGUUAACUGAAGCUCUUGAUUUUGUAUCUGCAUGACUGUAUGCAUUGUGCUGCUGUCAAGGGAUUGGCUGAUUUAGAGAACUGCAUAAAAUGGGCGGUGUAAGUGGUUAGCGCUGUCGCCUCACAGCAAGAAGGUCCGGGUUCGAGCCCCGUGGCCGGCGAGGGCCUUUCUGUGCGGAGUUUGCAUGUUCUCCCCGUGUCUGCGUGGGUUUCCUCCGGGUGCUCCGGUUUCCCCCACAGUCCAAAGACAUGCAGGUUAGGUUAAUAUGGGACGGCCUUGGGCUGAGGUGCCGUUGAGCGAGGCACCUAACUCCCAACUGCUCCCCGGGCGCUGUUAGCAUGGCUGCCCACUGCUCUGGGUAAUGUGUGAGUGCUCAUUGCUCACGUGUGUGUGCGCGCGCGCGUGUGUUCACUGCUUCAGAGGAGUUAAAUGCAGAGAGGAAAUUUCACAAGUGUGUGAUGAAUAAAGGUGUGCUUUCUUUAAAACGGCAGCUGGAUGGGUGUACCUAAUAAAGUGGCCGGUGAGUGUAUUGUAGUGCAUACGGUGUCUCGUGAAAAUGUCCUUUGAAGUAUUUUAUAAUGAUAGUUUUGCCAUAUUGCCCAUGCCAACCAACAAUAUAGGAUCAGAUUUACUGACUUGCCCUGUGAUGACCUGGCGACUUGUCCAGGGUGUACCCCGCCUUUCGCCCGUAGUCAGCUGGGAUAGGCUCCAGCUUGCCUGCGACCCUGUAGAAGGAUAAAGCGGCUAGAGAUAAUGAGAUGAGAUGAGAUUUACUGACUUAUAUCAAUGGCUAACUAAAAACAGGUCCUAGAUAAUUUUCCCUGAUUUUAAAUGACCUUUUAAAGCAGUGUUUUUCAAGUCCAGGCCAAGGGACAGCCUGUGUUCAGAACGGAGAAAUCACCUUAAUGUGCUUAUAGGAUUCUCAGGUCUGGUUUUGAAAAUCACCACCUUAGAGUAGACCGUUACAUUUACGUAUUUUCAGCUGUUUGAAAUUAUUAGAUGUGUACUCUUGAUUGACACCAAGAAAUUUGUUUGAAUGUCUUUUGGUUGUAGGAUUUCUUUCGAAAUGCCAUUUAGUGCAGACAUUAUUAAUCUCUCUUCUCUAACCAACAAGUGUACAUACACAUGCAAAUAAUAUAACGGCUUCAAAACCGUCAUUCGCAAUGUUGUGUCAGGCUUCUGUGGUUUAUUUAUGGGAAUGACCAAUUGUGCACUUAUUUGCCCUCUGCAGAGCUCCUCCUUCUUUUCCUACAUGUUCCAAGCCUAACACUGACAUUGUUUUUUUGUUUCUGCAGGCAUACUGAAUAAUGGCAUUUGAAAUGCCUUUGCUGUAAAUGUUUGUGUAAAUUAGGCUUACUACAGUUUAUCAUCUGUAAGUUUUUCAUGUGCCACUUGAAAUCACUUUUUCUCUUUAUUUUACAUUAUUUAUUUUCUAGUCAUGUUUUAUAAAUGUCCUUUUGAGAAUAAAAUAUGUUGAAAAGUA